CUCCGGGCCUCGCGAGACUUGCUCCCGGGAGCGGCCGCCCGGGGCCGGGUGCCCGCGCCGCCAUGGCGGCGGCGGGGGGCGGCGAAGGGCUAUUCUCGCUGGAGCUGCUGGUGGAGGCGGUGCGGGUGGAGGCGCCGGGCCCCGCGCUGCGCCCGGCCGUGGAGCUGCGCCUCCUGGACUUCCCGCCGCUGCUGGUGCACCCGCCCGCCGCCGUGCCGCCGCUGCAGCCGGGCCGGCCCUGCCCCUUCGGCCGCGGCAAGCGCUGCCUCUUCCGCCGGCGCCGGGGCUCGCUGUGCGCCGCGCUGCGCCGCCGCCCGCUGCGCGCCCUGCUGCUGGCGCUGCCCGCCGCGCCCGCGCCGGGGCCGGGGCCGCCCCGCCUCUUCGGCGCCUGCGGCGUCUCCCUGGCCCCCGCUGCCGCCGAGCUGCUGCGGCGGCCCGCCGCCCCCGCCUCCUGGGGCCGCCGCGGCCGCUUCCCGCUGCGGGACGCCGCCGGCGGCCCCGUCGGCGAGCUGGCCCUGGGCUACCGCCUCAGCAGCCUGGGGGCCGCCGAGGAGCCGGGCCGCGCCGCCUCGCCCUGCCUCGGGCCCGCGCCGGGCGCUGAGGAGGGCGAGGAGGUGGAAGACCAGCAGGAGGAGGAGGGCGAGGAGCUGGAGGGCAACAUCUUCCGUCCCCCCGUGCUCUACUACAGCCGCGGGCCAGCCGAGCCUCGCCCGCCGGCGGGGCCACAGCAGUGCGGCAGGGCCUGGAGCCCCCUGCGGCCCGGCCCCAGUCGCUCGCCGCCGCGUCCCGCCAGCCUGGGGCGGCUCCGCGAUGCCAUGGGGCAGCUGCCGCUGCUUAGCGCCCUGCUGGCCGAGCUGUCCGUGCUCGCCCACUCCGGCGUCGCCCCCGCCGCCGUCCACCCCCCCCCAGCCUGGCUGUACCGGGCCCCAGGGGAGGGAGACGCCACCUCGCUGCCCCCGGGCCCUGGCUGCACCCUGAGUCCCAGAGGGGCUGUGGCAGGGCCCGGUGGGGCUGCCAGCCCGCCGUUCAAGCUGGGCCGGCAGCGGUUGGCCUCAGCAGGGCCUUCGCGAACUGAGAAAGGAGCUGAGAAAGCUGCGCCCUUGGGAGAGACAGGCUCUGAAAAGCAGCACAAAACUAAGGCAAAUACAGCACCCAGGAGGCAACUGUUGUAUGGGCUGACAAAUACCCUGAGGCUGCGGCUGCAGCAGACCAACCCUGGCAUGCUGGUGGUUCAUGAAAGGAGGGAGCAAUAUAGAAAAAAGCAAGUGGAGAUGCUGAAGGAGAAGAGAAGCCCUUCAUCAAAGAAAAAGCUGGUCAAAAAUGCUGGAGAACAGCACCUGGUUUCUUACAGGCUCUGUAGCACAGGAGAUGCUUCAAAGCAGAAUAAUCAGUUUGAUGAAACUGUAGAGACUUCAUUACAAAGUAAUGCUCUCAAAGAGUACUCUUCCCCUACAGGAAAUGCAUCCCCUGACCUGCAGAAACAAGCUGUUUGCAGUCUCUUGAGCAAUUAUGAAACUGCACAUGGGGAAUGUCCAUCUGAAGUAACUACAGCCUCUUUAUUGAAGGAAAGAGUAUUAAAGUCUUCCCACAAAGAAAAGGACGUGAAAGUCCAACUCCUGGCACCUUUCAGAUCAGAUGCUGAUGCAAAGGAAAGUGAUGAUAAUGAUUCUGUUGUAAGUGAUCAUAAAUCAAAACCAAGCCCUAGCAGGAGUGUUGAAAGCAACUCUGAAUUCAUAUACUCAGAUGACUUUGUUGCUAGCCCUGAAAACACAGUUUAUUCAGAAGGUAUCAGCAGUGUUGACUAUCCAGGCAGAGGCUCAGAAACUUUUGACAGCAGUCCUGAACCUCUGUGGCUCGAAAGCCCAAAGCAACCGCAUUCACACUCAGAGUCAGAAUCCAGCAGGUCCAGAGUUUCAAAGAUGAGCCGAAGAACUGAAAGUACUUCAGCUCUUCUGCCAGUUCCUUCAGCUUCAUCUCCAGUCCACUCUGUCAGGAGAAACUGUGAUGUGAAAACCAGCAAGAGAAUUAGUGGUGAAGCUGUUGAUUUACUUAACAAUGAUACUUCCUUUCAAGCAAGGUUAUUACAUGAAGAGCAGGUAGCCCACCAGAUCAAUAAGGAAGAGAACAGAGUUGAUCAGAAUAUUAAACAAGCAUCUACACUGAGAAGCAAAGAAGUUAGCUCUGAUACUGAUCUGAAUAUAGGAAAGCGGCAGACGUCUAUAGAAAAAAGCCAGUCAUUAACUCAAGCUAGCUCAUAUUUGCCAUGUAACAUGUCUGAUCUUGAACUUAAUGCACUGGAAAACAGUAUGUCAGACAAAGAUGAUGAUUUUUUGGGAACACUAAGUAUUCCUAAUCAAUAUAAAGACAUCAGUGAACUUGUAAUAAGCAAGCUUCCUGGAUAUACAGUGUAAUUAGAAGCUUUCCCUGUCUUGAUUAAAGUAUAUUUAAACUGUAUUUUUAUAAGGACUGUUGCAUUUAGCUACAAUUUAUACAAUUUGAGAAUGUCAUUUGCAUUUAAUACAUCUGUGAAUUUAUGAGUUUUUUAAAAUAAACUAUGUUGAAUAUCUAUUAAAAA